AUGACAAUAAUUCAUUUUAAAAUGUUCAAUGAACGUCUCAAACUUCACAGAUUUCACAAAUGGUUGUAUGAUAAAAUAGAAGAAUCUUUUAUUUUUCGUAAUUGGCUGUCGUAUAAGAAAAAUUUGGCAUGGAGAUUUUUAAAUUUAGCUCAGGAUGAAAGUCAAAGUUACAGAACAAGGGCAGUCAUAUCAUUGGCAUCUCUUACCAAUUUAACAGAUUCCGACUAUCAGCAGCUUGCUCAAUCAUGUGAUAUGAGAACGGCAAUCGGCUUAGCUAGAAGUGCUAACAAUUCAAAGUUUUUGUUAGAUCCACCUUAUUUCAAAAUAAAAGCAAAUCAUUCUGCCAUAAUAAAAAAUUUUCAAGAGUUUUUUGUCGCUUUGGAAUCAGAGACCAAGCAUCCAUGUUUUCAUUAUUUUGUUUCAAAAUUUGUCGAUAGUAUUUCAGAUGUUGACAGCAAAAGUUUUGAUGAUGAUUUAAAGGUCAAAAUUGACAACAAAAAUUUUAUUCCAUUAUGUUUAGAAGCUCUUCUUCAUCAUUCAUGGACCAAUGAAAAUGCCAAGCAAAUCGUUCGUCUCGGUGGUUUACCUUUGCUUACGGAAGUUUAUAAAUAUUUACAAGAAACAGAAAAUUUGGAAUCCCUUAUAGCACUUUCAAAACUAAUUUCAAAUAUAUCAGCAUGUUCUGAAUGUUGGAUAAAGCUUUUGAGUACUUUAUCUCGGCACAAAGAUAUUCGAGUUUCGGCACCUGCUCAAAAAGCCCUUUGCAACUUCGAUACGGAUGAUCCAAUACAAAAAGAUGUAAACGUGUAUUCAUCAAGAGUUUUUCCUCUUCAUCCAACAUCAAGAACUUUACUAAAUCCUAAAUUAGAUGUUAUAUUUAUUCACGGAUUGCUUGGCGGAGUUUUUAUAACUUGGAGACAGAGAGAUUUUGGUCAUUGCACUCAUAAAUCACCUUUAGAGCUCUUAGGGGAUUAUAAUCCCUUAUGUAAUAAUAAUACCUCUUCUCCCAUUCCUACCGCAGCUUCCAAAAAGGUUCCUUCCUUUCCUCCUCUUCAACCGGGUUUGACAUUUUUCGACAAAGAAAAUGUUGUCACGUAUCAAAUGAACAAAUCUUUCGAUCAAGAAUUUUUUGUAGAUGUUCGAGAUUUCAAUAAACGGGAAAAACUUGCUGAAGGCUACGAAUUCGUUUUACACGAUAUUCCAAUCGAUUGUAAUUUUGAUUCGACUGGACCUUAUUAUGGUUCACCAAAAGAAGAAGAUUUAGAGGGGAAUCUGACGAGGUGUUGGCCGAAGGAUUGGUUGGCAAAGGAUUGUCCAGAAAUUAGAUUAAUAGGAGUAAAUUAUGAAUCGAAUAUAUCGCAAUGGACUCCAUUAUGCCCACUUGCACCUAUGAGCGGUACAAUUUUGGAAAGAAGUUUUCAUCUUGUUAAUAUUUUAUGCGAAGCUGGAGUUGGUAAGAGGCCCAUUGUGUGGAUAAGUCAUUCCAUGGGUGGCCUCAUAGUCAAAGGAAUACUUAGCAUUGCUCAUUCUAGUUCCAAUCCUCAAUUUCGCUCUCUAUUAGACCAAACAAAAGGGAUAAUUUUUUAUAGCACCCCCCAUAAAGGAUCUCGAUUAGCCGCGUUAAAUACAACGAGUCAAAUGAUUGUAUGGCCCUCGAUAGAAGUUCAAGAACUAAGAGAAAAUUCUCCGGGUCUUUUAAAACUCCACGAAGAUUUUCUUCGUCUAACAUCUGAAAAACCAAUCAAAGUGGUGACAUUUUCCGAAAGGGAAUCAACAUAUAUAACGGCAUUAAAAUUCGAAUUACAAUUUGUCGAUUCUCAUUCGGCUUAUCCUGACGUGGGAGAAAAUUUUGGUAUACCUCUUGAUCACCUUUGCAUAUGCAAACCAUGUGGAAGGUGUGGAAUUUAA